AUGCUUCCGGCGCGCCGGCUCCUCACGGGGGCACCGCGGCGGUACCGGGUCUCCGUGCCGGACCCCGAGCGCCUCCGGCUGUUCCAGCGGCUGCGGGACGGCGAUGGGAGCGGGGCCGGUCCCGGUCCCGGUACCGCCGCGGUGCCCCCGCCCGGGGCCCCGAUCCGCAUCGCCCUGCCCGGGGGGCGGUGCCUGCCCGGCCGCGCCCAGCAGACCACGCCGCUCCAGGUGGCCGCGCAGCUGGGGGGUGAUGUGGCAGCGACAGCGCUGGUGGCCCGGGUGAACGGGACCCUCCAGGACCUUGAGCGGCCGCUGGCGGGUGACGCCGACCUGGAGCUCCUCGACUUCUCAGCACCAGAGGGACGGGAGGCUUUGUGGCGCUCGGGCGCCUGCGUCCUGGCAGCGGUGGCGGAGCAGUUCUAUGGAGCCGCGCUCUGCAUCGCCGAAGCCACCGAGGACGGCUUCUUCUGUGAUCUCCACAUGGGAGACAGGACAGUGCAGCGCGCGGAGCUGCCGGCGUUGGAGGAGGCGUGCGCCACAUUCGCCCGCGCAGGCCACCGCUUCGAGCGCCUCGAGGCCACGCGGCAGCAGCUGGAGGAGCUCUUCAAGCACAACACCUUCCAGCUGCAGCGGAUCCAGGAGGAGGUGACAUCCCCAACGGCCACCGUCUAUAGGUGCGGCCCCCUCCUCCAGCUCUGCCGCGGGCCCCUCAUCCGGCACACGGGGUUGAUCACCUCGCUCCGUGUCCUCACGAGCUCAGCCGCCUUCUGGCAGGGGCCCAGCAGCCGCCACUCGCUGCAGCGCCUCGCCGCCGUCGCCUUCCCCAGCGCCCAGCACCUCGCCGACUGGCAGCGGGCGCAGGAUGAGGCCGCGCUGCGGGAUCACCGCCGCAUUGGGAAGGAGCAGGAGCUUUUCUUCUUCCACAAGCUCAGCCCCGGCAGCUGCUUCUUCCUGCCCCGCGGCGCCCACGUCUACAACGCCCUCGUUGACUUCAUCAGGAGCGAAUACCGGGCGAGGGGCUUCUGCGAGGUGGUGACCCCCAACGUGUUCAGCCCGCAGCUCUGGGAGCUCUCGGGGCACUGGCAGCACUACGGCCCCCACAUCUUCUCCUUCAGCGCCGGCACCGAGACGCUCUCCCUCAAACCCAUGAACUGCCCGGCACAUUGCCUGAUGUUCGCCCACCGGCCGCGGUCGUGGCGGGAGCUGCCCUUGCGCCUGGCUGAUUUCGGGGUGCUGCAUCGCAACGAGCACCCCAGCGCCCUGACGGGGCUGACGAGGGUGCGGCGCUUCCAGCAGGAUGAUGCCCACAUCUUCUGCACGCUGGAGCAGCUGGAGGGUGAGAUCGAUGCCUGCCUGGACUUCAUCCGGGCAGUCUACGCAGUGCUGGGCUUCUCCUUCCGCAUGGCCCUGGCCACGCGUCCCGAAGGAUUCCUCGGCGACCCCGAGACCUGGGACCGCGCUGAGCAGCAGCUGGAACGGAGCCUCCGCGCCUUCGGGCAGCCCUGGGAGCUGAGUCCGGGUGACGGCGCCUUCUACGGCCCCAAGAUCGAUAUCCGGAUCAAGGAUGCCCUGGGCCGGCAGCAUCAAUGCGGCACCAUCCAGCUGGAUUUCCAGAUGCCGGAGAGGUUCGGGCUGGAGUACGCCAGUGCGACAGGGGGGGCGGCGCGGCCGGUGCUGAUCCACCGGGCAGUGCUGGGCUCCGUGGAGCGCAUGGUGGCUGUGCUGGCCGAGAGCUGCGGCGGCCGCUGGCCGCUCUGGCUGUCCCCGCUGCAGGCCAUGGUCAUCCCGCAGGCCCCCGACAUCGAGGAGUACGCCCGUGAGGUGCAGGCAGUGCUGCGGGGAGGGGGCAUCCUGGCCGACCUGGAUGGGGACGCGGGGGCCACCCUGGCCAGGAAGAUCCGCCGCGCCCAGCUCGCCCAGUACAACUUCCAGCUGGUCGUGGGCCAGCGGGAGCGCGCACACGGCACCGUCAACGUCCGGACGCGGGACAACCGGCAGCUGGGCGAGCACGAGCUGCGCUGGGCACUGCAGCGGCUGCAGGAGCUGCGCGAUGCCCGUGUCCCCGAUGCCGAGCAGCGCUUCUGACACCCCCUCAUGUCCCCCCCCGCACGUGUGUGUGUCCCCCACUUUGACGCCCAUUAAAGUGCUGGG